AUGUAUUUGCUUCAUAGGCUUUUUCCAAAGUGUCCAUUGAAAUUUAGAUUAUGGAAUACACCCGUAUUCUUUUCAACCAUAAGCACUUUCUACGGCAAUAAUUACACAGGGUAUCUUUCCCAAUUUCUUGGUGGUACAGUAACUAUGUUUUGGGCUUUUCAUUACAAACAUGGGCUCUGGAAAAUAUAUAACUCUAUAGUAGCAGCUGCUUCAGAUACGGGAUAUAAUUUGGCAGUUCUAUUAAUAUUUAUCUUUUUUUCUGCCGGUAAACAGGUUGGUAUGCCGAAUUGGUGGGGAAAUAAUGCCACAAACGUUAAAAGGUGCUUCGCUUUAAAUUCAUGA